GGGAGUAACCGUCAGGGCGAGGAAAAAAGCCCCGAGAAUUCCAGCCGCGCUUGAGCUCCCGGCGCAGACCCCGCCCCCGGGGCAUGUGAGGCGGCGCGUGACCCUCCGCCCUGCAGCGCGAGCGGGCCGGGCUGUCCGCGCGCUUCCGUGGGGCCGGGCCGGGCCCGGCAUGCCCGUGCGGCUGGCGGGGCAGGGUGGCCGCUCGCCUCCCCGCGCCGCCCCGCCGAGCGCUCUCCGGCCUCGGGGCCCUGCCCGGGGCGGGCGCUGAGGAGAGACCCGGGGGGGUGGGGUGCUGGGAUGCCGCCGCCCCCCGGCGCUGAGUCCCGCCGCUGGCGGGUGCUGCCGCUGCCCUCCGGCUGUCCGCGGCCGCCGCGCCGGGCCGCCCACUGAUCGCGCCUGCCCCGGGCCGGGCCCCGCCAGGAGCCCGCCAGCGGCAGGAUGCAGGCGCCGCCGCUGCUCUACGAGUUCUUCAGCGAGGAGAACGCGCCCAAGUGGCGGGGGCUGCUGGUGCCGGCCCUCAAAAAGGUUCAGGUGCAGGUCCAUCCUAAACUUUCCUCAGCUGAAGAUGCUUUACAAUAUGUUGAGGAGUUAAUUCUGCAGUUGUUGAAUAUGCUGUGCCAAGCCCAGCCAAGAAGCUUUCUGGAUGUAGAGGAUCGUGUUCAAAAAAGUUUUCCCCAUCCUAUUGAUAAGUGGGCAAUAGCUGAUGCCCAGUCUGCUAUUGAAAAGAGGAAACGAAGAAAUCCAUUAUCUCUCCCAGUAGAAAAAAUCCAUCCUUUGUUAAAAGAAGUUCUAGGUUAUAAAAUUGACCACCAAGUAUCUGUUUACAUAGUAGCAGUAUUAGAAUACAUUUCUGCAGAUAUCUUGAAGCUCGUUGGGAAUUACGUACGAAAUAUAAGACAUUAUGAAAUUACAAAACAAGACAUUAAAGUGGCAAUGUGUGCUGAUAAGGUGUUGAUGGAUAUGUUCCAUCAAGAUGUAGAAGAUAUAAGUACACUAACUUUAUCUGAUGAGGAACCCUCCACCUCAGGGGAACAAACCUAUUAUGAUCUAGUCAAGUCAUUUAUGGCAGAGGUUCGACAGUACAUACGGGAACUAAAUCUCAUUAUAAAAGUUUUUAGAGAGCCUUUUGUCUCCAACUCCAAAUUGUUUUCAGCUCAUGAUGUGGAAAAUAUAUUUAGUCGUAUAUCAGAUAUUCAUGAACUUAGCGUGAAGCUACUGGGCCACAUUGAGGACACUGUAGAAAUGACAGAUGAAGGCAGUCCCCACCCCUUAGUAGGCAGUUGUUUUGAAGACCUAGCAGAGGAACUGGCAUUUGAUCCAUAUGAAUCAUACGCUCAAGAUAUUUUGCGACCUGCUUUUCAUGAUCACUUUCUUGGUCAGUUAUCAAAGCCUGGAGCAGCAUUCUAUUUACAGUCAAUAGGAGAAGGUUUUAAAGAAGCUGUUCAGUAUGUUCUACCAAGGCUGCUUCUUGCUCCCGUUUAUCACUGUCUUCACUAUUUUGAACUUUUAAAGCAAUUGGAAGAAAAGAGUGAGGAUGAAGAGGAUAAAGAAUGUUUAAAGCAAGCGAUAACAGCCCUGCUUAACCUUCAGAGUAGUAUGGAAAGGAUAUGCUCGAAAAGUCUUGCAAAGCGAAGACUUAGUGAAUCUGCAUGUCGGUUCUAUAGUCAGCAGAUGAAGGGGAAACAACUAGCAAUCAAGAAAAUGAAUGAGAUCCAGAAAAACAUUGAUGGUUGGGAGGGUAAGGACAUUGGACAGUGCUGCAAUGAGUUUAUAAUGGAAGGAACUCUCACACGAGUAGGCGCAAAACAUGAGAGACAUAUAUUCCUUUUUGAUGGACUGAUGAUUUGCUGUAAGUCGAAUCAUGGCCAGCCAAGACUUCCCGGUGCCAGCAAUGCAGAGUAUCGUCUGAAAGAAAAAAUUUUUAUGCGAAAGGUACAAAUCAAUGAUAAAGACGACACUAAUGAAUAUAAACAUGCCUUUGAAAUUAUUUUAAAAGAUGAGAACAGUGUUAUUUUUGCUGCUAAAUCAGCAGAAGAGAAAAACAACUGGAUGGCAGCAUUGAUAUCUUUACAGUAUAGAAGCACUCUGGAAAGAAUGUUAGAUGUAACAAUGCUACAGGAAGAGAAGGAGGAGCAGAUGAGAUUUCCAAGUCCUGAGCUUUAUAGGUUUGCAGAACCAGACUCUGAAGAGAAUAUUGUAUUUGAAGAAAACAUGCAGCCCAAAUCUGGAAUCCCUAUCCUCAAGGCAGGAACUGUUGUCAAACUCAUUGAGAGACUGACCUACCACAUGUAUGCAGACCCAAAUUUUGUUCGGACAUUUCUCACGACAUAUAGAUCCUUCUGCAAACCUCAAGAAUUAUUGAGUCUUCUGAUAGAAAGGUUUGAAAUUCCAGAGCCUGAGCCAACAGAAGCUGAUCGUAUAGCUAUGGAGAAUGGAGACCAGCCUCUUAGUGCAGAGUUAAAACGAUUUAGGAAAGAAUAUAUACAACCUGUACAACUGCGAGUGUUAAAUGUAUGCCGACACUGGGUAGAACAUCACUUCUAUGACUUUGAGAGAGAUGUAGAUCUUUUGCACCGAUUGGAAGAAUUCAUUGGGACAGUAAGAGGUAAAGCUAUGAAGAAAUGGGUCGAAUCAAUCACAAAGAUAAUCUACCGGAAAAAGCAGGCACAAGCCAUUGGGCCAAGCCACAAUAUUACUUUUGAAAGUUCACCUCCUGCAAUUGAGUGGCAUAUAAGCAAGCCAGGACAGCCAGAAACUUUUGACUUGCUCACUUUGCACCCAAUAGAAAUUGCUCGACAGCUCACUUUACUCGAGUCAGAUCUUUACAGAGCUGUGCAGCCAUCAGAACUAGUUGGAAGUGUGUGGACCAAGGAAGAUAAAGAAAUUAAUUCUCCCAACCUUCUCAAAAUGAUACGGCACACCACUAAUCUCACUUUGUGGUUUGAAAAAUGCAUCGUAGAAACAGAAAACCUAGAGGAAAGAGUAAUUGUAGUGAGUCGGAUAAUUGAGAUCCUGCAAGUUUUUCAGGAGCUGAAUAACUUCAACGGUGUUCUUGAAGUUGUCAGUGCUAUGAACUCUUCACCUGUGUAUAGACUGGAUCACACAUUUGAGCAAAUUCCAGGUCGACAGAAAAAGAUUUUAGAAGAAGCUCAUGAAUUGAGUGAGGAUCACUAUAAGAAAUAUUUGGCAAAACUCAGGUCCAUUAAUCCUCCAUGCGUGCCUUUCUUUGGAAUUUAUUUGACUAACAUCUUGAAAACAGAAGAAGGCAACCCUGAAUUUCUAAAGCGACAUGGAAAAGAACUUAUAAACUUCAGCAAGAGAAGGAAAGUAGCUGAAAUAACAGGGGAGAUCCAGCAGUACCAAAACCAGCCAUACUGCUUACGAAUAGAACCCGAUAUCCGAAGGUUUUUUGAAAAUUUGAAUCCAAUGGGAAAUAGCAUGGAGAAGGAAUUCACAGAUUAUCUGUUCAACAAGUCAUUAGAAAUAGAGCCGCGAAAUUCCAAGCCUCCACCAAGAUUUCCCAAAAAAUACAACUAUUCCCUCAAAUCUCCGGGUGUUCGUCCGUCGAACCCAAGGCCUGGUACCAUGAGACACCCUACACCGCUGCAACAGGAGCCAAGAAAAAUUAGUUACAGUCGCAUCCCUGAGAGUGAGUCAGAAAGUACAACAUCUGCCCCAAAUUCUCCACGAACACCAUUGACACCACCCCCUGCCUCUGCUACUUCCAGUACUACAGAUGUCUGCAGCGUCUUUGAUUCAGAUCCUUCAAGUCCUUUUCAUUCAAGAUCUGCAUCUGUGUCGUCCAUAAGCUUUACCAAAAUCUCUGAUGAAACUUCUGGUCCUCCUCCUGUUCCUCCACGGAGACGACCAGAGUCUGCCCCAGCAGAAUCAUCGCCUUCAAAGAUUACUUCUGCGCAUCUGGACAGUCCACCAGCAAUUCCUCCUCGACAACCAACAUCAAAAGUCUAUUCGCCAAGAUACUCCGUGCCAGACCGGACCUCCAUAUCUGAUCCUCCUGAAAGCCCUCCUGUAUUACCACCACGAGAACCUGUGCGAACUCCUGAUGUUUUCUCUAGUUCACCACUACACCUCCAGCCACCGCCCUUAGGUAGAAAAAGUGAACUUGGCAAUACCUUUUUCCCAAACAGUCCCUCCCCAUUUACUCCCCCACCCCCUCAAACACCUUCUCCACAUGUAGCACGGAGGCAUCUGCCCUCCCCUCCUUUGAUACCGCAGGACGUGGACCUCCAUUCUGUUGAGGGGCCACCUGUCCCUCCACGACAAAGCACUUCUCAACAUAUCCCAAAGCUUCCUCCAAAAACUUACAAACGGGAGCACACCCAUCCAUCGAUGCACCGAGACGGACCACCCUUGUUGGAGAACGCCCACUCCUCCUGAAUUGUACUUUGUGCUGGGAGUUGCAUUUUCUUGGCACUACGUCUGUUGCUGGCAAUGGAUGCACUGAACCUGCUGGCGCCAAGGAGUUUGGAUGCAUACUCCACGCAUUAAAAACUAUGCUAGGUUGGGAAUGCAGUGUACAGAAACUGAAUUGCAGAAGCAGACGUGAUCAACUGAUAAACUCGCUGUUCCUAUUGUAGUAUGCAGGAUGCUGUUCUAAAGAAAUUGGACAACUGAUUGUACCAGAAAACUGACUCAAGGGACUUUUCUGGCCAAUAAGCGGAGACCGUGUUUUGUGUAAUGAUCUCUAAUGUCCAGUACGGGAAUGGAAAAUAUAGUCUUGUAUCCAUCAGUUCUAUACAGUAACACAGUUAUUAGAAUGAAAACAUUAUGCACUUUUUUAAAAAUCUCAAAACAGGGAACUUUAUAUCCUUCUUAAUUUCCUUUUUACUUUACUCCCUGCUUUAAAAUACUCUCCUAAAAUCAUGAAAAGGACUGUGAGGAAGAUCUGUGGUACCUAACCAUGUUAGAACUAAGGCAUAGCACUGUAUUGCGGUCCUGUUUACAAAUUGUUACAGUGAAUAGUAUGGGUACCUAGGCUUCACCAAAGAGGUACUUUAUUAUUAUUUUAUUAAAUAUUAUGGUGCCAGUUGAAAAAGAAACUAUUGCCAGGAAGCAUAAUGGGUAAUUAAUGCUUUCUUUAAACAGAGCAGAUUAAAGUCUUAUGUCAUUAAAAUGACAACGAAAUUUAAAAAAACAGCACUAUUGUCUGAAAUAUUCUACUACGUUUAGAAGACUGUUAAUCUAUGCUAGGUUAUAUCACAUUCUUGUUAAGGUUUACUGAUAAUCCAUUUCAUGGCUUGUAACUAUUCUUCUUUAAUCAUGCCAUGAAAACAGUCACUUGUGAAAAGGGGCACUCACUGGCCAUCUUCCAUAGUUAUUGUCAUGUUUUACUAACCAUAGAUUAAUCAGCAUACGUAGAAUUGCCUUGCAUUUGCAUAAAUCAUGUGUAUAUAGUGAAUGUUGCAUAAAUAUGCUUGCAUAUUGUUUUUAAUUUAAUUGAAAUAAAGAUACACAUUUGUUUGGCUGA